GAGGGAAGGGGCCAGGUAGUCUGUCGUCACUGAUGAUGCUUUUGGGCGCGUCCGCAUAAGUUUUCCUCGUACACUUUAUCGUGAAUAAUCAACAAAAUACAUUUACUCGUCGCCGUGUGUACAUGUGAUUGCAGAUAUAGGACGUGGAGAUAUCAAGAAGAAAUUAAAGAAAGCAAUUGGCAGAAUGAGCAACAGCGGUCAAAUUAAGCUGUUGGGCGUGAUUUUCGCGCUAAGCGCUCUGCUGCAGUCAGUGUACACCCAAAGAACACCAACAAUAUCCUAUAUCUCUCAGGAGCAAAUCAAAGAUAUUGGUUCAACGGUUGAAUUUGUGUGCUCGGUACAGUAUAGUCAGGAUUAUCCGGUUUUGUGGAUAAAGAUCAACAAAAACAGAGAAGAUCAAUUGCCAAUUUCAACUAAUACUGCUCUUAUUAUUCGUGACAGUAGAUUUGCUUUGAGAUCUGAUGCUUCAUCCUCUACGUACACUUUGCAGAUCAAAGACAUUCAGGAAACCGAUGCAGGUUUCUAUCAAUGUCAAAUUCUUAUUUCUACCAGUACCAGAAUCACUGCUCAAGUUGAGUUACAAGUACGCAGACCACCAAUUAUCAGCGAUAACUCUACCAGAGCAGUAGUAGUUAAUGAGCAUCAAUCUGUUCAGUUGGAAUGUUACGCUGGUGGUUUUCCUGCGCCAAGAAUCUCUUGGCGCAGAGAGAACAAUGCCAUUCUACCAACAGGAGGAUCUAUUUACAGAGGUAACACUCUAAAAAUCGCGUCUGUGAAAAAAGAAGAUCGCGGAACAUAUUAUUGCGUCGCCGAGAAUGGAGUUGGACGAGGUGCACGUCGUAACAUUAAUCUCGAGGUUGAAUUUGCUCCGGUCAUCAGCGUACCACGCCCGCGACUCGGACAAGCGUUACAAUACGAUAUGGAUUUGGAGUGCCAUGUUGUCGCUUAUCCUCCACCAGCUAUCACGUGGCAUAAGGACGAGGUUCAGUUAUCGAACAAUCAACACUACAGUAUUUCUCAUUUCGCCACUGCCGACGAAUAUACUGAUACUACUUUGCGUGUUAUUACUAUCGAGAAAAAACAAUAUGGGCAGUAUGUUUGCAAAGCUGCCAAUAAACUUGGCUCUGCCCAGGAAACUGUUGAAUUGUUUGAAACUAUUAUACCUGUAUGCCCGCCUGCUUGUGGCCAAGCCUAUUACGCAGCUGGUGUAAUGCCGAUAUCAUCUAGCCCAAUCGUGGCCAUUGCCUUUAUUGUAGCCUUGAUCAUCAGAAACCUCUAUACCAAACAUUAACUAUCCAGGACUUCUAUGGGGAUCAAGUAUACGCCUAGUAGCACCAAAGUGGUUGCUAACAAUUAUUAUCUUGGGCGUUCUCAAGAAGUGUAUCACUUAAAUUAGCAAAAUCGAAGACGCAGUUUAACCGAAUGUUAUUAUAGGCGAAAAGCAUAAGGUACAGUUGUAAAUCGGCCGAUACAUAUACACACGCGUAAACUAACCGCCGAUUAUAGACUGAUAAUACAUUCCCUCCACGGCGCUUUUCGCCGCUCGUUUAUAUAACGACUAUAUUUAUGUAAUUUUUAAAAAUGUAGACGAAUCUCAAAGGAAUCUCAAAGGAAUCUCAACGGAAUAACGCUUAGCGCGAUUUUUAAAGUCGAGAAGCAAUAGAUUAGUGACUUAAUAAAAAAAAGCCAACGAACACUAGCCUCCCUAAGCGGACCACUUGAAUGUAUAAUUUUUUUAAUAUAUACUGUACUAUUUGAUAAUAAUACCAAUAAUAACGUCGUCGCAAAUUUUUGAUAAUAAUCGACAUAUCUCACUAUAUCACAUAUUUCUUAUAGAGAAAAUGAGCUUUUAAAGGCGAGCAUGUGUUUAGGAAGUGAACUAUCUAUCGAGUUAGGCUUUUAUAAUACCUAAUAUUUAAUGUGGAACCGUCUAACGGGAUUUGGCAAGUUUUUAUAUAGAAUAUUAUAAACGAAUCAUGUAUGAGCUAGUAUACUAGAAUUAGCGAUGAUAUACAUCACGUUGUGUUGAUUUUUUUAUUACCGUCUGUAUAUAUUUUUUCAGUAUACGAUUUUGCAAGAGAAAGAGAAAAUAUACAAUCAGUUUUUACAUUUUAAA